CUUUAANUCAAGUUAUGGGACAAAUGCGAAUAACAGAUCGCAAACUGUGUUAUUUUGUAGUAUAUACUCCUAAUUGGACAAGUAUACAGGAAAUUAAAUAUGACGAAAUAUUUUGGAACACAAAAAUGGCCGAAAAACUUAAAAGGUUUUAUAUGGAGUGUUUACUACCAGAAAUUGUCGACCCGCUUUAUGGUAGACGCUUCGAAAUCACGGAUAUUAGAGAACCCGAAUAUAUAAAGGAGGCACAAAGAAAAAAAUUAAAAUAAGUAAUAAUAAUACCUAGGUAUACCUGUAUGCAAUACGCAGUACGCGUAUCAAAUUAUAUUAAAGUUCAUAAUAUUAUUA